AUCAAAACGACCGAAUCAAAUAAACGAAUCGUUAUAGUGAACUGAACUGAAAGAACUAGUUCCCGGAAAAGAAUCAUUUUGCCCAUCCCUACUAGAUAUGCACAUUAGGGUUUAAAGAAAGUGGGAUAAUUUCACAGCGUUAAAUCGAAUUGUUUGCUGUGUUGGGUUGCUAGCCAGUAAGCUGGCAGUCCUUUGUCAGAAAUUACUUACCAUUCCGGUGAUUAAGUCUUUUGUUUAAAGUCAUUUGUUAGCUAUUGUUGCAGUUGGCCUGACUGAGACUUUAAUUUGUGAAAUUUUCAGGUGAGGAACCUCGCAACCAGGAAGUGCCUGACUCGGCCUUCCCAGAGGACGAAGACAUGGGGUCAAGCCGUUGUAUGAGCCCAACACUACCACCAAGAACAUCUACACCAGUCCCAGUGGAGAGUGCUGCUCUUUGCAACACCACCAACCCCACCUAUCCACGGUCUUUUGCUUUUGCCAAAAGAAGUAGGGCCACUGAUGUUACAGCGAGCAUCCGGGAUAUGCAGGAGCGGGAAGAGGAGCGGGAAGAGGAGCGGCAGGAGCGGGAAGAGGAGCGGCUGGACCGUAGACACCGGGUCGCUCGAGAGGAGGCCCUACAGGAUGCCAUCGAUGCUAGACUGCAUGAGGAUCAACGAGCAUGCAGCAGAUGGCGCAAGUUGCAGCGUUCAACACAGCCUUCCUCCAAACCUUCAGCCAGAGGGUGCAGGCGUUUGGACACCGCGACCCUGUGCCGUGAUCCAGCCAUUCAGGGCCUGACCCUCUGAACCUUUUUUUUGUGUGAAGACUUUUUUUCUAAGUUUUAAUAUGUAAAUAAAUAUUCCUGUAUUUUUACUGUUUUUUACACAACAAGCCACAAUCAUCGUUUUGGCCAGUUCGAUGCUGUUAUCAUUCCUUUUCAGAAGGCAACGCCAACUCCCCUUAAGUCUUCCAAAAGCAUUCUCCACCACAACACGUGCCCUGCGGACUCUUUUAUUGUACAGCAGUACUGCACUCAACCGUCAGGGAAUGCUUUGAGGAGCCAGUUCUGCAACGGAUAGGCAGAGUCCCCUAGAAUGUAAUGACCCGCAUUUACCCUGGCAAUGUUCCUGGUACAGGCUGGGAAAAGUCUUCCACGCUCCACUAAAUCCCACAUUGUGGACGUUCUCAAAACUCGAGCGUCAUGCAUACUCGCAGGCAUUCCUGCACACACGCUCCAAAAAAGUCAUUUUCCAUCCUUGAAGGAUGAUGGAAUGCCAGUCUUUUCUAUUGAAGUAGUCAACAUGGCACUCCUGUGGGGCUAUAAUUGGUAUGUGUGACCCAUCAAUGGAACCAAGACACUGCGGAAGGCCCCACUUCUGCUCAAUGUAGGCUGCCAUUUCUUUGAGUUUCUCCUGGUCAGGAAAACAUAAUUUCUGGAGCCAACACCUUGCAGGCAGCAUUGCAGAACUGUUGCACACAUCGACAAACAGUCGUUCUGCUCACACCGAAAAGAUGGCCUAUGUUCCUGUAUUCACCGUUGGUUGCCAGCUUCCACAGUGCGAUGGCAACUAUUUUCUUUAGGGGGACACAGAGGCGAAAGUUUGUGUCCUGCCUCUGCAGCGCUGGACGCAUCUUGUUUAAGAGGUACAUGAAUGUUUCUUCUGACAUCCUGAAGUUAUCCACCCACUGUCUGUUGGUGAAUUCUGGAACAAUCGAUUCCCACCAGGUACUGGCUCGGCUGAAAGUCCAAACUGUUGGCCUGCGGCUGUGAAUGUCCAACAGCUGAAGCAUCUGAAAGACACAAAUAGCAAACAUAAUUUAAUAAACAAAUGUAUUGCUUGUGUUGCAGAGGUGUAUUGAAACUAUAAGUAAUAACUAAUGAAAGUACUUAUAAGGAGGUGGGGUUAGCAAAGUUAGUUGAGGCUUGAACUUCACUUUUCUAUCCAUGUAAAUUUAUACCUGUACUCAACAAUUCAGUUGGAAAUAUUCUACUCUUUGCGAAAAAUGCGAUUUAUCAACACGACAAUAUGGAGUUUAUAAAAUAUGGUAUCGCUCCUGGUUUAAGAGAAAUGUUUUGCAAUUCAAUGAAGGUUAGGCUGUUGUAGAGAACCUAUGACUGACCAACAAGACGAUAAGUUUGUUAGCAACAGCACGUUUGAUGAAGUACUUUGUUACACGCGUGAAUAAAUUUUUUUACCCGUAUGCGUCAUCGCCUUUGUCUGGCCAUCGGUUUCAUCGGUUGCAUCCUGAAUCAGCUCCAAAAAUGUCUUUUUUUCGGCUGCUCUUGUCCUUGUCCUUGUCCUUUCAGCCUCCAAACUUUCGUCAAACAAAGCUUGCAUUCGGAAGUUGAUUAACUGCCAUAUGAAAAGCAUAAAGGCCAUGAACUGUUGCUGGGCGACUUCCAUGGUAGCUCUUGGUUUAAGAUGUCGCGUUCAACUUUUCCAUUGAUUUUAUUGAGCAGGCUACACUGUGUCGCGCUGCUAUGAUGUCACAAUGUUUACCUAGCUACCGCGGCGAUCGACAUCCGGCCUACCAUAAAGGGUACUGUCGGCAGUGGAAACGCAACCUCGGAACUGAGCUGGGCUAUACCGCCCCCUUCCUACCGAACUGAGGCGAACCGAACCGUACUGCACCCUGCAAUGGAAAGGCGGCAUAUGAUGCAAGCACACCACUGACGCUUGAGGUAGAUGCAUCACAAAAAGGCCUAGGCAUGGCCAGGGGUGGCCCCAGCA